CGGAGCUCCGGUGACGUUUUCCGGUGAGGAUAAGUGUCGGUUGUGGGUAAAAAUAAGAUGUUCAAGUCGGCGAGAUGGAGAAGCGACAAGAACAAGAUCAAAGCUGUGUUCAAAUUGCAGUUUCAUGCAACUCAGGUGCCAAGGUUGGGUGUGGAGGCAUUGAUGUUAUCUGUGGUUCCUGGCGAUGUGGGAAAGCCAACUGUGAAACUAGAUAAAGCUGUGGUUCGAGAUGGGAGCUGUAGAUGGGAAAAUCCAGUUCAUGAAACUGUUAAAUUUGACAGGGAACCGAGAACCGGGAAGAUCAAGGAGAGACUCUAUUAUUUUGUUCUCUCAACUGGAUCUUCUAAAGCUAGUGUUCUUGGAGAGGUUUCUGUUGAUUUUGCUGAGUAUUCUGAGGCUACUAAAGCGUCUUCUGUGUCUCUUCCUCUUAAGAAUUCAAGUACUGUAUUGCAUGUUUCGAUUCAAAAGUUACAGGCAAAUGCUGAUCAGAGAGAGGUAGAAGACUGUGAAGAUGCCAAAGUUAAAUCUCAGGAUAAUAGCUUGAAAAGACACUUGAGCAAUAAUGGUGCAGAUGAGAGCGUUUUGGUUGAUGAGCCAAUCAAUAGGACCACUCAAAAUGCUGACUGCAUCCGCAGGGCCUCUAUUGGAUCAGACAUUACAUUGUCAAGUUCCGACAGCAGCUCUGGACUCGAUACUUCUCGAGAGCUUGUACUGAGAAACAUUAACAAUUGUCAUGACCCUUCCAUCUAUCUAUCAUCACCAAAUCAUCCCUCAAUCCCACAAAGACCUGGUGUCUAUGCCUCGACAACUAAUGAGCAACAGCAAUCACAGUGGGAGUGGUCUGCAGAUUCUGAACAUGGAGUAAGUACUGAUGGUUCAACAAAGAGUUCUCAGGACAUUCUUCUGAGAGAAAGGUCUUUACAGUCUUCAGGCGACGAAAUUGAUAAGCUAAAGGCUGAGCUUGUUGUUUUAGCUAGACAGGCAGACAUGUCGGAGUUAGAGUUACAAACAUUAAGGAAGCAGAUAGUGAAAGAGAGCAAAAGGGGGCAUGAUCUUUCGAGAGAAGUCGUUAGCUUGAAAGAGGAACGAGAUGCUUUCAAGGCUGAAUGUGAGAAGCUAAAAGCAUUUCAGUAUCGGAUGGAUGACACAAAAACCAAAAACAGGUUCCAGUUAGAAGGUGGGGAUCUCCGGGCUCUUGUUGAUGAAAUCAGACAAGAACUCAGCUGUGAGAAGGACCUGAACAUCAAUCUUCGGUUACAGCUCCAGAAGACGCAAGAGUCUAAUGCUGAGUUGAUUCUUGCUGUACGUGAUCUGGAGGAAAUAUUGGAGCAGAAGAAUGGAGAAGCUGCCAAUUCCAACAGAUUGGAAUCCACAAAUGAUGCUGCAGGUUUGAGAGCAACCAACUCAAAUGAUGCAGAAAAUGAGGAUGAGGAGCAGAAGGAACUGGAGGGUCUUGUUAAGCAGCACAGCCAUGCCAAGGAUACACACUUGAUGGAGAAACAGAUCACAGACCUCUAUACUGAGUUAGACAUCUAUAAGAGAGACAAAGAUGAACUUGAAAUACAAAUGGAGCAGCUUGCUCUUGACUAUGAGAUAUUGAAACAGGAAAACCAUGAUAUUUCAUAUAAGCUAGAGCAGAGCACACUGCAAGAACAACUGAAGAUGCAGUAUGAAUGUUCAUCUCCCACUGCUAGCGUAAAUGAGCUUCAUUACCAAAUUGAGGAUCUGGAAACAGAAUUGAAGAAGCAGGGCGAAGAGUUUUCAAAUUCGUUGGCGACCAUAAAUGAACUUCAAUCUCACAUCAAAAGCAUGGAGGAAGAACUAGAGAAGCAGGCACAAGGAUUUGAAGCUGAUUUAGAAACUGUAACAUGUGCUAAAGUUGAGCAGGAGCAAAGAGCCAUCCGAGCAGAGGAGUCACUGCGGAAGACAAGAUUGAAAAAUGCAAAUACAGCUGAGAGACUUCAGGAAGAGUUUAGACGACUUUCUUCACAAAUGGCCUCCACAUUUGAUGCGAAUGAGAAGGUAGCAAUGAAAGCAAUGGCAGAAGCGAGUGAAUUGAGUGCACAGAAGAGUCACCUUGAAGACAUGCUCAAGAAAACUAAGGAAGAGCUCCAGGAAAAUAGGGAGGAGUAUGAGACAAAAUUGCAGAAGCUUUCCAACGAACUGGUUGAGAAAACCGAAGAAAUGGAAUCAAUGUUAUUGGAAAUCCAGAAUAAGUCCGCACAGCUUAAAGAUCAGCAGAAGCAACAUGGAGAUUUCUCUGAGGUGAUCUUACAGCUAAAAGCUGAGAUUGAAAGGCUUACAAGAGAGAAAAAUAGUCUUUCAGAGAAAGUAGAGCAAAACAACAAUUUGAGUGCUGAAUUGGAGAAAAUGAAGAAGUCAAUGGAGGAAACUGAGAUGUUUAUUCAAAAAGGAAAUGUGGAAAGGAAUGAGUUGGUAAGUACAAUUGAUAUGCUGAAGAAGGAAGCAGAGAAGUCACUGGAGAAGUUUACUAAGAUGAAGUAUCUCAUGGAUGAAAAAGAGGCAACCAUUCGACACCUACAGUUGGAAUCUGACGAGCUGAAAGCACAGUGUUAUGACUUGAAACGUACUCUGUCUAUGGACGAGGUAGAGAAAGGGAGUCUUAGAAGGCAGGUAUCUGAGCUUAAGGCCGACCUAAAGAAGAAGGAGGAUGCACUCACUACUAUUGAAAAGAAGCUCAUCGAUAGCCACGGACGAUCAAUAGUUUCUGAUGGAGCUAAACAUAAUCUGAGAAACAAUAAGUCUCUUCCUGUUCCUCAUGCUGCCAAAGAAGUUGCUAGUUUGAGGGAGAGAAUAAAACUGCUGGAGGGAAAAAUAAGGUUAAAGGAAGCUGCUUUGGAAAGCUCGACUGCUUCCUUUCUGGCAAAGGAAAAGGAUCUUCAGAAUGUAAUCGAAGAGUUAGAAAACAGGGUGGAAGAAACUAAUCAGAACAGUGCUUUAGAACAGAAUAUUACUUCAAAAGAUAAUAUGCUUGAAGAAGUGCGGCUGGCGUCUGAUAACUUAUCAACUGAAUUGGCAUCACUAAAGGAGAGAAACAUGUCAAUGAAAAGUGAACUAAAAGAGAUGCAGGAGAGAUAUUCAGAAAUAAGUCUGAAAUUUGCAGAGGUAGAAGGUGAAAGACAACAGCUUGUAAUGACUGUACGCAACCUCAAAAAUUCGAAGAGGAGCUAGUAAGUACUAUUUUCUACACUGGAACCUUGUUACCUUGUAUAGUUUAAACAACUGGCGUAUGCCCACAAGAUUAUUCAAGAAAUGAGUUUAUCACUCCAAUAAAUAUGUACACAGGUCAUAUAGUUUUUGUUUUGUUUUUAAUCUGCCUGCCUCAUUGGCCUAAUUCAAUCUUCUAGCUAGCUUGCAUUUCCAGUGUAAUACAGGUGAUUCGGUCUUUGUCAAUGUUUUUUUUUUCUUCCUGUAGUCUUAUAGAGCUUGUCAAUAUGUGUAUUAUGUGACAAUCAUAGCAUCAAUAUAU